UAAUGGAAAGGAUGUCGGCUGAGUUUGAGCUGUUUUGCGAAGGAAACCGCAGCCGGACACGGUUGUGAUUCUGUGGUUGUGUUUAUAAUGUAAUAUUUCAUAUUUGGAGAUGAAAUGUCGCCUUGAAACAGAUUCCAGUGAGCAGAUCAAGAUAUGCCCAGUGACAGGAAGAUGAGGGUGGACUUUGGAACAAGAGUCUCGUUCUUUGGGUUUCACAACAACUCGAGGGUUUAAGAGAGCUGAGCAUGUGAAGAGUGUUCAGCUGAGUGGGGAAGCAGAAGAGCUUCUGUUCUACUUUUAUCUCUCUCUCUAUCUCUCUCACUCUCGCCUCUCUCUCUCUCUCUCUCUCUCUCUCUCUCUCUCUCUCUCUCUCUCUCUCUCUCUUUCUCUCUAAUCUUGCAAGCCAAUUUGAAUACGCUCCUACAACAAGAUACACACGCCAUGUCCCUCUCUCUCUCUCGCUCUCUCUCUCUCUCUCUCUCUCCACCCCCACUUUUCUCGUAAGCCGUCAUUUCACGUGCGUGACUGAGUGGACGUCGUGUCCAUGACCAGCUCCGCCCACUAAAACAACAAUAAAUGGAAAUCGGCACAUCCUGGAACAUCAAUGCUGGAUCAACACCUCUGUAUUCCUCCAGACAAGGCCGUCCUCAACUCUCCACUCCCUCUAAACCCCAGCUGUUCCAGCUGUUAACUAAAGCUGAAGACCUCAGGAAAAGAAAGGAGACCAGCUGCUGUCUAGGUGAGGUCCGCAAGAUGAUGGAGCCGUUGACUUCUGACCCCAUGGAGGGCGAGCACUCUCUGAAAGACAGGCUGGCGGCCGCCUGCUCCUCGACCGCCCUGCGCACCUGCUUCCCCAUCCUCACCUGGCUGCCCAGGUACAACCUCACCUGGCUCAAGAUGGACGUGCUGGCCGGAUUGACCGUGGGCCUGACCGUCGUCCCUCAGGGUUUGGCCUACGCGGAGGUGGCUGGGUUACCUGUUCAGUACGGCCUGUACUCGGCCUUCAUGGGUGGCUUUGUAUACUGCGUCUUCGGCACGUCGAAGGACAUCACUCUGGGCCCGACGGCCAUCAUGUCUCUGCUGUGCUCCUUUUACAUCGGAGGAGACCCCGUGUUCGCCGUGCUGUUGACGCUGAUGUGUGGAAUCAUCCAGACCGCCAUGGCCUUCCUCAGACUGGGGUUCCUGCUGGACUUUAUUUCCUACCCCGUCAUAAAGGGCUUCACCUGUGCAGCGGCUGUUACCAUUGGCUUCGGACAGGUUAAGAAUAUUUUAGGUCUGAAGGGGAUCCCACAGCAGUUCAUACUGCAGGUCUACUACACUUUUCACAGGAUACCUGAGGCCAGGGUUGGAGAUGUUAUCUUGGGUGUGUCGUGUCUGUUUUUUCUGGUGACGAUGACGAUGAUGAAGAGCACUCUGAGGUCCUUCGAGGAAAACCCGUCUAGUCUGGUGCAGGCUGCCAGGGGCAUCGUAUGGAGCUUCGCCACCAUUCGAAAUGCUCUGGUCGUCAUAGCAGCGACGUGUGUUGCGUACUCCACCGAGGUCAUGGACUGCCAUAUCUUUACCCUGACCGGCAAGACCGCUAAGGGACUCCCUCCUUUCUCACCUCCGUCAUUCUCAGAGACAACAGCCAACGGCACUCUUGUGUCCUUCAGCGAUAUCCUGCUGGACUUGGGAGGUGGCCUUGCUGUUAUACCGCUGAUGGGAGUGCUGGAAAGCAUCGCUAUUGCUAAAGCAUUUGGCAGUCAGAAUAAUUACCGCAUUAAUGCCAACCUGGAGUUCUUCGCAAUCGGACUCACCAACAUCUUGGGCUCUUUUGUCUCAGCGUAUCCCGUCACUGGCAGCUUCGGGAGAACUGCUGUAAACUCUCAGACGGGAGUGUGCACCCCUGCAGGAGGAAUAUUCACAGGUUUGGUGGUGCUGUUAUCUCUGGCGUUCCUCAUGCCGCUCUUCUCCUACAUCCCCAAAGCGUCUCUGGCUGCCGUUAUCAUCUGUGCUGUCGCUCCAAUGUUCGACUUCAGAGUUGUGCCCCAAAUCUGGAGAGUCAGGAAGCUGGACGUGCUGCCCUUCUUGGUGACCUUCCUGGUCAGUUUCUGGGAGGUGCAGUAUGGAAUUGUGGGAGGUGUAGCUGUUUCAGGGCUGAUGCUGCUUUAUGUGGUUUCCAGGCCUAAGCUAAAGAUAUCUGACCAUAGGGUCAUUGUGGUGGAGCUGGCGAGUGGGCUGCAUUUUCCCGCCAUAGAGCACCUCAGCGGAGUCCUGCGCACACACGCGCUACAUGUAUCUCCUCCUCGCAGCGCGGUGCUAGACUGUCACCACGUCAGCGAUAUUGACUACACUGUAGUGAAUGAACUGAAGGAUCUGCUGAAGCAGUUUAAGCUACAUGACGUCUCCCUGGUGUUCACUGGACUGAAGCCCUCUGUGUUGGAGGUGUUGUUAGCAGCCGAGCUGCCAGGCUUCAGACACAGAGACAGUGUGGAGGCCGGCCUACAGACGCUGUCCAACAACCCACACAGUGACUGACACUCAAGAACAACUGGAAGGCGGCUUUGAGCCUCUGGAUCAUCGCCGAAUACCUCAACCAGUGACUUUAAUAUUCCGGAACACAAAUGUUGGACCAAAGCCUUUUCAGAAAGGAACAAAUCUAACCUGCUUUCCAGCUGCUGCUGAAUCUUAUGGACACUUCCUGGUGGACUAUAUGAGACCAAGUGAUUUUUGCAGACGUUACAUGUGGUGGGUAUACUGUUCAUUCCUUUCCAAGAUACACUAAUAAUAUUUCUGUUGUGUUUGAAAAAUAUCUGCCGUUGUUAGUCACAUGACUGGCCACACGGCAAAGGACUGACUGGAAUGACCAAUCAAUUUUUAUUUUUCCCUCUUUUCAAUGAGAAAUACCUGCAAGAGGAACUCCAUUGAUUUUUCAAAAUUCCUGCUUAAUUAAAUGGUUCAGAGUCAUUCAGAGUGUCUUUGUUGGUUGUAGAGAAACUUCAGAACUGUUCACAGUGGUGGUGAUAGGAACCAGACGUCCACCUCU